CGAAUCGAUGCCAAUACCGGGUUGAUAUCGGUGAACAAGCCGCUGGAUUUCGAAACCAAGGAACUGCACGAGCUGGUGGUGGUCGCUAAGGAUCGCGGAUUACAGCCGCUGGAAACGACGGCUUUCGUGUCGAUUCGAGUGACCGAUGUGAAUGAUAAUCAACCGAUCAUAAAUGUGAUAUUUUUGAGUGACGACGCUACCCCGAAGAUUUCGGAAUCAGCUCAGCCGGGGGAAUUUGUGGCACGGAUUUCAGUGAAUGAUCCCGACUCGAAGACCGAGUACUCGAAUGUUAACGUUACUCUCUCGGGGGGUGAUGGGCACUUUGGGCUAACCACAAGGGAUAACAUUAUCUAUCUGGUGAUUGUGUCGCUCCCACUAGAUCGUGAAAUUAAACCGAAUUAUACGCUCAGUGUUGUGGCAACUGAUACUGGAAACCCGCCGCUUCAUGCUUCGAAAACGAUCUUCCUUACCGUUACCGAUAUCAACGAUAAUGCUCCGGAAUUCGAAAAGGAAAUCUAUCACGCCAACGUGAUGGAAGUCGCAGAUCCAGGAACCUCGGUCAUUCAGGUGACCGCGAUCGACAAAGACGAGGGUAACAAUUCGGCGAUCGCCUAUUCCCUGCUCGAUACUCCCGAUACCCACUCGCAGUGGUUCCAAAUCGAUUCGAAUUCCGGACUAAUAACAACACGGGCGCACAUUGACUGUGAAACGGAUCCGGUUCCUCAGCUGGUGGUAGUGGCAAAAGAUAAUGGUUUUCCACCGCUGUCCUCAACCGGCACAGUGCUGGUGACCAUCCACGACGUCAACGAUAACGAGCCGAUCUUCGAUCAGAGCUUCUACAACGUCUCGGUGGCCGAGAAUGAACCCAAAGGACGCUGUAUAUUGAAGCCAUCAGGUUGUUGUAUUGUCGUCGUCUUCAUUCACACGAAUACACGCGCAAACUAUCUUGCCGUACUGGCUUCCCAUCAUCAUCAACAUCAUCGUGGUCGUCGUCGUCAUCAUCACGUCGAUUCUAUGCUCCCCACAUCAUCUCUUCUCCUAAAUGGUUCUUCAUCCUCACCAAGCUUUGGCGCGCCAUGCGACGAUGCGGCAAUUAUGUGCGAGCCUUUCUUCCUGCAUUCUGGCUUCACACUUGGCUUCCUGAUGUUACGCGGUUCAACACCACCCAGUGCGAGACAGAAUGAGAAGAGGGUAUCCUCGUAUCCUCACGCAGUUGCAGAUCUGGUUGAUUGA